AUUCAGUCUAACUCCGACUGUCGAAGCGUAGAGAGCCUUUUUUUUAACGUGCUCAGUAAAUAUAAACAUCAACAUCUAGUGAUUUAUAUUUUAGAUUGAUUAGUUCGAUAAUCUUGAAGUUUCCAAUAAAUUCAAAGGAAUCAUGGCGUGCAACAGAGCAGCAAAAUCUGGAUUUGCCGCAGAGGCACAAAGAAAGAUUAACAGCAAAUAUAGCGAGGAAUUAGCCCAGGAAUGCCUGGAAUGGAUCAAGGUGAUUACCGGAGAAAAUAUAAAUACCAGCGGGGAUAUGGAUAAUUUUUAUGAAACCCUCAAGGAUGGAACCCUUCUGUGCAGAUUGGUGAAUCACGUGCAGGGGGGAUCAGUGAAGAGGAUUAAUCAAUCAACGAUGGCUUUCAAGUGUAUGGAGAAUAUCAAUGCGUUUUUGGAGGUAGCGCGUGGAUUGGGUGUACCCCCCCAGGAGACAUUCCAGACUGUUGAUCUUUGGGAGAGACAGAAUCUUAACUCAGUCGUUAUUUGUCUCCAGUCCCUUGGGAGAAAGGCUGGCAAUUACGGGAAACCGAGCAUUGGACCAAAAGAGGCUGACAAAAAUGUUCGUAAUUUUACUGAGGAGCAGCUGCGCGCGGGACAAGGUGUAAUUAGCCUCCAAUACGGUAGCAACAAGGGUGCCAAUCAGAGUGGCAUAAACUUUGGAAAUACUCGACACAUGUAAAUCCUGUCUUCCAUCACUCAGCCAAAUUCUCGUUUUAUUCUUCACUUUUGUUUUUUUUUUCAAA